GUUUAAAGCAGACUUUGCUUUACGGGAGUUUUAAUGAAACUGGCAACCCACUUCCUCUUCGCACCAACGCGCCCUGGCAGGUGUUUGAUUUAACACACCGAUGUUGGAGUGAAGUAAACGUGUGUCCUGCUGUAAUCUGGAGAAGGAGACAUGACCUCCAACAUGAGUGUGUCUGGAAAACAGGACUUAAAGAAAGACGAGAGAAUGAUGGCGGGAAAGAGAUCAGACUCACCAGAACCCAGCUGUGUGUCCAUGAAGAGUGACCGGUCCAUGGGAGAACCAAUUGCCUUCAGAGACAGAGACAGUUCUACUGAUGUGAGACCACAAAAGAAGAAAUCAAACAUCAGCAGAAAUCAGCUGGACUCCAUAUUCAAGGAGCUGGAACACAAAGUCAUCACUCUGAUAAAGAAUGAGCUGAAGAGGUUUAGGAAGCUCCUGAGUCCAGAUUACCCAGCAUGCACUGAGAGGGAGGUGGAGGAUGAGGAGGAUCUGCACAGUGUCAGAGAGGGAGCUCUGAAGAUCACACUGCACUUCCUGAAGAACAUGAAGCACACAGAUCUCGCUAACACACUGCAGAACAAACUUGUGUAUAAGACAAAGCUGAAAUCCAACCAGAGAGACAAGUUUAAAAGAAUUAAUGAAGGAAUCUCACAGCAUGGAAGAUCAGCACUUCUGAAUGAGAUCUACACAGAGCUCUACAUCACAGAGGGUUGGAGUGAAGACGUCAAUAAUGAACAUGAGGUGAGGCAGAUUGAGACAGUGUCCAGGAGACCAGCAACACAGGAGACAUCCAUCAACUGUAAUGACCUCUUUAAGGACAAGUCCAUCAGAACUGUGCUGACUAAAGGAGUUGCUGGAAUUGGAAAAACAGUCUCUGUGCAGAAGUUCAUUCUGGACUGGACUGAAGGAAAAUCAAAUCAGGACAUCACCUUCAUGUUUCCACUUCCCUUUAGAGAGCUGAAUCUGAUGAAGGAGAAAAAUCUCAGUCUGAUGAAUCUUCUUCAUGACUUUUCCCCAGAAAUAAGAAAUCUAGAAUCAAUAGACUGUGACUCCUACAAAGUGGUGUUGAUCUUUGAUGGUCUGGAUGAGUGUCGACUUCCUCUAAAUUUCCAGAAGAAUGAGAGAUUGUGUGAUGUGACAGAGUCAGCCUCAGUGGAUGUUCUGCUGACGAACCUCAUCAAGAGGAAUCUGCUUCCCUCUGCUCUUCUCUGGAUAACCUCUCGACCAGGAGCAGCCAAUCAGAUCCCUCCUGAGUGUGUAGACCAGGUAACAGAGGUACGAGGGUUUAAUGAUCCUCAGAAAGAGGAGUACUUCAGGAAGAGGAUCAGUGAUCAGAUCCUGGCCAAUAAAAUCAUCAGACACGUGAAGUCUUCAAGAAGCCUCUAUAUCAUGUGCCACAUCCCAGUCUUCUGCUGGAUCUCAGCCACUGUUCUAGAGAGAAUGUUGGGUGAAGCAGAGAGUGGAGAGAUCCCCAAGACUCUGACUCAAAUGUUUACACACUUCCUGAUCUUUCAGAUCAAACACAAGGAUGAAAAGUACCAUCAGAAACAUGACCCUGAUCCUCAGCAGACCAGAGAGAGUAUCCUGGCACUGGGAAAACUGGCUUUCCAGCAGCUGGAGAAAGGAAACCUGAUCUUCUAUGAGGAAGACCUGAGAGAGUGUGGCAUUGAUGUCAGAGAAGUGUCAGUGUACUCAGGAGUGUGUACCCAGAUCUUCAGAGAGGAGUUUGGGCUUCACCUGGGGAAGGUGUUCAGCUUUGUACAUCUGAGUGUUCAGGAGUUUCUGGCUGCUUUAUACGUGUUUUUCUGCUUUAAAUUUAGAAAGACAAAUGUGCUUGUGGAGCAAAGCACUGGACAUUUUAAUUUCUUUAGAAAUCCAAACAUGUCUGAUCUCCUCAGGAGUGCAGUGGACAAGGCCUUACAGAGUGAGAAUGGACACCUGGACCUGUUCCUCCGCUUCCUUCUGGGUCUCUCACUGGAGUCCAAUCAGACUCUCUUACGAGACUUAAUGCCACAGACAGGAAGUAGUUCUCACAGCAAACAGGAAACAGUGGAGUACAUCAAGGAGAAGAUCAGGGAGAAUCCAACUCCAGAGAAAUCCAUCAAUCUGUUCCACUGUCUGAACGAACUGAAUGAUCAUUCUCUAGUGCAGGAAGUACAGACUUACCUGAACACAGGAGAUUACAGGUGUCUCAGUGGAUCCAGUCUCUCUCCUGCUCAGUGGUCAGCUCUGGUGUUUGUAUUACUGACCUCAGAACAGGAGCUGGAUGAGUUUAAUUUGAGGAAAUAUGAUCGAUCAGAGGAAUGUCUUCUGAGACUGCUGCCAGUGGUCAAAGCCUCCAGAAAAGCUGUUCUGUGUGUGUGUAAUCUGACAGAGGAAAGCUGUAGAGCUCUGUCCUCAGUUCUCAGCUCAAACUCCUCCAGUCUGAGAGAACUGAACCUGAGUUACAAUAAACUGCAGGAUUCAGGAGUGAAGCUGCUCUCUGCUGGACUGAAGAAUCCACACUGUACACUGGAGAUACUGAGUCUGUUUCAGUGUAAUCUGACAGAGGAAAGCUGUAGAGCUCUGUCCUCAGUUCUCAGCUCAAACUCCUCCAGUCUGAGAGAACUGGACCUGAGUAACAAUAAACUGCAGGAUUCAGGAGUGAAGCUGCUCUCUGCUGGACUGAAGAAUCCACACUGUACACUGGAGAUACUGAGGAUGUGGAACUGCAGUAUUACAGAUGAAGGUUGUGCUGCUCUGGCUUCAGCUCUGAGGUCAAACUCCUCAUCACACCUGAGAGAACUGAAUCUGGACGGUAAUAAUCCAGGAGAAUCAGGAGUGAAGCUGCUCUCUGAUCUACUGAAGGAUCCACACUGUAAACUGGAGACACUACAUCUGUUUCAGUGUAAUCUGACAGAGGAAAGCUGUAGAGCUCUGUCCUCAGUUCUCAGCUCAAACUCCUCCAGUCUGAGAGAACUGAACCUGAGUAACAAUAAACUGCAGGAUUCAGGAGUGAAGCUGCUCUCUGCUGGACUGAAGAAUCCACACUGUACACUGGAGAUACUGAGGAUGAGGAACUGCAGUAUUACAGAUGAAGGUUGUGCUGCUCUGGAUUCAGCUCUGAGGUCAAACUCCUCAUCACACCUGAGAGAACUGGAUCUGGACGGUAAUAAUCCAGGAGAAUCAGGAGUGAAGCUGCUCUCUGAUCUACUGAAGGAUCCACACUGUAAACUGGAGACACUACAUCUGUGUGUGUGUAAUCUGACAGAGGAAAGCUGUAGAGCUCUGUCCUCAGUUCUCAGCUCAAACUCCUCCAGUCUGAGAGAACUGGACCUGAGUAACAAUAAACUGCAGGAUUCAGGAGUGAAGCUGCUCUCUGCUGGACUGAAGAAUCCACACUGUACACUGGAGAUACUGAGUCUGUGGAGGUGUAAUCUGACAGAGGAAAGCUGUAGAGCUCUGUCCUCAGUUCUCAGCUCAAACUCCUCCAGUCUGAGAGAACUGAACCUGAGUUACAAUAAACUGCAGGAUUCAGGAGUGAAGCUGCUCUCUGCUGGACUGAAGAAUCCACACUGUACACUGGAGAUACUGAGUCUGUGGAGGUGUAAUCUGACAAAGAAAAGCUGUAGAGCUCUGUCCUCAGUUCUCAGGUCAAACUCCUCCAGUCUGAGAGAACUGAACCUGAGUAACAAUAAACUGAAGGAUUCAGGAGUGAAGCUGCUCUCUGCUGGACUGAAGAAUCCACACUGUACACUGGAGAUACUGAGUCUGUGUCGGUGUAAUCUGACAGAGGAAAGCUGUAGAGCUCUGUCCUCAGUUCUCAGAUCAAACUCCUCCAGUCUGAGAGAACUGAACCUGAGUAACAAUAAACUGCAGGAUUCAGGAGUGAAGCUGCUCUCUGCUGGACUGAAGAAUCCACACUGUACACUGGAGAUACUGAGGAUGAGGAACUGCAGUAUUACAGAUGAAGGUUGUGCUGCUCUGGAUUCAGCUCUGAGGUCAAACUCCUCAUCACACCUGAGAGAGCUGGAUCUGGACUAUAAUUAUCCAGGAGAAUCAGGAGUGAAGCUGCUCUCUGAUCUACUGAAGGAUCCACACUGUAAACUGGAGACACUACAAAUUAAAUGUUAUAAACUCACCAGGUCUGGUGUAUGACUGGCGUCUGACCUCAAACCUCUUGUCCAGGAUAAAGCAGUAGUGGUGAAGCGUUAGAACCCGUCCCACAUUUCCAGCAGUUUGGGAGCUGAAUCAUUCAUAUUCAGAUGUAGAAGUUCCAGAACAAUAACCGUGACUGACCACAUCCUUUUAUCCACUCAGCUACAAGUUACUUCAGGCUUUAAUCACAUAUUUUACAAUCCAAAGUCCAAUCCUUCAGCAUCUACACACAACACAGAGAUAUCAUCACACCAUCACACUGAUUACACAAACACACAUCCAGCUGUUGGAGAUGUUUAUAGUCAAUUUUUACCUCCUUAUUUUUAUAUCACAUUUGUUUCUGCACAGAUGAUUGAGUUACAGUUGGAAUAUUUAUCUUUUUUUUCUUUAAAAAUGACUUAUUUUCAUAUCUCUGUUGUUUGUUUGCUAAUCUGUGUUUAAUUGUAACCAUGGUAACAGGUCUGCUGAUUGAUUUGUUGUUGUAGUGACCCAGUUUUGUAUAUAUGUUGUAUACAUGUCAUUUCCACUGUGUGUAAUUACAGAAUAAACAGUGAGUGUGAGUGAAACAACAAUUCAG